CGCUCUUGCGAAACUAGAUCUGCAUCUGUUAUCAUUCUGUUAACCUUCUUUCACACUUCUGUGUUCAGUUUACAGUAUAACUUGGGAUAUCUACAGUUCGACGCUGGUCUCUGAAUUUAUUUUCAUGGUAUUUGAGGACAGAUUUCUUGAAGCAAAUAUCUAUCCCGCGAACUACGUCCAAGGAAUUCAUUUAUCAUAACCAAAAUGGAGGGAGAAGAGCAUGAGCAGGACACGCACUUCGGGGCGACGGAGGAAACACCGACGACUGUCGCACCGAGCAGGGACCCAGAGAACGACCAGCCCGCCGUACUGGAAGUCAACCACAAUGAUACCGGGCCUGGGGAUAUGAAGAUCAAUAUGGAUCCAGUACUCUCUGACCCAGAGAAGCACAAGCUAGGAUACGGCAGCGUGACGAAUGGACAUUCGAGUCACACCAAGGUCCAUCCAUCCUUUGCCAGGAGUACCUCCAUUGAUGGAUCAGUAGUGUCCUUUCACGCCAUCACCUACACGGUCAAGACCAAAGAGAAUCGCAAGAAAGUGACAAAGACUAUCCUCACAGACGUCAAUGGAUUAUUCAAGCCUGGAAUGAACGCCAUUCUUGGACCUACAGGCAGCGGCAAAACAUCAUUGUUGGAUGUGUUAGCAGCUCGGAAAGACCCAGACGGACUGUCGGGUCAAGUCCUGAUAGAUGGCGCCCCACAACCAAAGAACUUCAAAUGCGUCUCGGGAUAUGUUGUCCAGGAUGAUGUCGUCAUGGGAACGCUCACCAUCCGAGAGAAUCUUCAGUUCUCCGCUGCUCUCCGUCUCCCCAAGACAGUCGGUAAGAAGGAGAGAGAGGAUAGGGUGGAUGAUAUCCUAGCUGAGCUAGGUCUUUCACACGUCGGUGAUAGUAAGGUUGGAACAGAGUUCAUCCGAGGUGUGUCAGGAGGAGAGAGGAAGAGAACCAAUGUUGGGAUGGAGCUCAUCACAAAACCCAGUGUUCUGUUCUUAGACGAACCUACGACAGGCCUGGAUGCCAGUACUGCGAAUGCUGUCAUGCAUCUGUUAGCCAGUCUGUCAAAGAGAGGGCGCACCAUCAUCUUCUCGAUCCAUCAGCCUCGCUACUCCAUCUUCCGUCUCUUUGACAAGAUGCACCUGUUGGGACAAGGGCGGACGAUCUACCAUGGCCCCGCCCAAGAAGCGUUGGAGUACUUUUCAUCUAUUGGUUUUGAGUGUGAAGAACACAACAAUCCACCUGACUUCUUCUUGGAUGUCAUCCUGGGACAGUCUGAUCUGAAAUCAACGGAGAAAGAUCAAGAUGUAGAGAGUGGUGUGGCAGCCAUAGAGGAUGGAGAGAAGAGCAAGGUGAACCUAGCAGAUUGCUACGAGAAGUCUCACUACAACAAGACGAUGAGAGACGCUACAGAGAGCAUCUACACCCAGUACCGCAACGACGAAGAACCGAGCAUCGUUUCCAUCAACUACCCAACAUCCUUCUUUUCACAGUUGUACCAUGUUUCCCAUCGAGCAGUACUGAACAUCCUCAGAAAUCCAUUCCUGACCGUAAUCCAGAACGCGACUGUCAUAUUAUUCUCUGUUGUUAUCGGCGGCAUCUACUUUCAACUCGACACAUCCAUCUCGUCAGGAUACCAGAACAGAAUUGGUGCCUUCUUCUUCCUCAUCAUGCAAAUGGUAUUUGGCAACUUGAGUGCUGUUGAGCUUUUCAUCAGGGAAAGAGUUAUAUUUAUUCAUGAAUCGGCGAGUGGUUUCUACCGAGUCUCGGUGUACUUUGUUGCGAAGGUCUUUUGUGAUCUACUUCCGCUAAGAGUGAUACCAACAAUCCUUUAUGUCGUUGUCACGUAUUGGAUGAUUGGUCUUCAAGCUGAUGCAACAAAAUUCUUCUUGUACUUCUUGACUCUCCUUCUCGUCACGUUUGUGUCUAGCGCCCUCGCCUUUGCCAUCAGUUCCAGUGUGAGCAUCGCAGGCAUAGCUACUCUGCUCAUCGCCAUGUGCUAUGUGCUCAUGAUGGUAUUUGGAGGACUGUUGGUGAACAUCAGCUCAUUGCCUGUCUGGCUUCAAUGGCUUCAGUAUCUCAGCAUCUUCAGAUUUGGUCUAAAUGCUCUGCUAAUUAACGAGAUGGUUGGUUUGGACUUCUGUGAGACUGUAGGAAAUGUCACCCUACGAUGUAUCCCCGGUACCGACUACCUUGAUCAGCAAGGAAUCGACUACAGCGACUGGGGCCUUUGGCAGAAUGAGAUGGCCCUAGGAAUCAUGACCGUCGCCCUUCUAGCCAUCGCUUACAUUCAGCUCAGGAGGAUACCUAAGCUCAAAUAGAUUUAGAGAAAGGUGGAAACAUCCGUCGGUCCGGAGCCAGAAGGGUGUCAUGUUGA